AGGAAUGAACGAACAUGCUGCUAAUCCAAAAUUAGCAUGUCAAGUUUAUGACAGUUAUACGACAGUAAUACUAAGAGAACUUUCCCAGCAAGAAUGGCAUUGCCUUGUUUGCCAUCCAGGAAUGUAACACUGGUGUCCGAAGACCACGCCUUCCUUACACCCGUGAAGCUCAUCAAAAGUAUAGAGGAUAUGAUGAAAUGGGACAGAUCAGAGGCAUAUUAUGAGUAUUUAGGGUUUAUAUACGUGAUCAACGACGCUCUUAAGGGGACGGACAACACAAAUGGGUCAAAAGAGGCCUCCCCUAACAUUAAUAAGACCAUUGCGCUUCUAGACAACAUUAGCCAGUGGGUCGACAACAUACCACCGGUUGAUCAGUCGCAAACCACCGGAAACGCUGGUUUUAGAAUUUGGUACAACAAGCUGAAAGAACAGGCCAUUGAAUUACUGCAGAAGGUGCUACCGAGUGACGUGCACAGAGCCAUUCCGGAGAUAAUGGUUUACUUGGAAGAAAGUUUCGGAGAUUCUUAUGAUAUUAAAUAUGGAAGCCAGCACGAAAUAUCAUUUGUGAUGUUCCUGUGCUCUCUGUACAAAAUAGGGUUCUUGACGGAGUCUGAUUUUGCUGCCAGCGCUUGUAAGUUGUUCGUAAGGUACUUGCACCUGGUGAGGAAAUUACAGGAAACGUAUAAGUUGCAACCUGUUUCUUUCUCGGGGGCGUGGGGCUUGGACGACUACCAGUUUGUGCCGUUCAUCUGGGGAAGCGCCCAAUUAAUCGGUAACACAGAGAUUCAACCCUGUAUGCUCGUGAAACCAGAAAUCGCUGACACACAUGCAGAUAACUACAUGUUUAUGGGGUGUAUUCAACACAUUAAUAAACUUAAAUCCGGACCGUUUGGGGAGCAUUCGAACCAGUUGUGGAGUGUCAGCGGAGUUAACAAUUGGUUCACCGUGAAUGGGGGAUUAGUGAGAAUGUACCGGUCGGACAUCCUCGGCAAGUUUUCAGUAGUGCAAAAUAUUGUUUUUGGGUCCUUGUUUACGCUUAAACAAGCUGAAUUUGGCGCUAGCAUCAGGAGCAAUUUUACUAAUGGUAGGCCUAAUUGUUGGAGUCCGUCCGAUAUUACGAGCGUUCCUACGUCAACUACAAAGCAUGAAUCUCGUAAUGUCGCUUAAAACUGUAUAUGUAUUAUAUACUUGUUAAUAAAACUUUUAUAACCUGU